AUGCUGUGUAGUACAGGAUGUGGCUUUUAUGGGAAUCCUAGGACAAAUGGGAUGUGUUCUGUGUGCUACAAAGAACAUCUUCAGAGGCAGCAGAAUAGUGGCAGAAUGAGUCCAAUGGGGACAGCAAGUGGUUCCAACAGUCCUACCUCAGAUUCUGCAUCUGUACAGAGAGCAGAUGCUAGUUUAAACAACUGUGAAGGUGCUGCUGGCAGCACAUCUGAAAAAUCAAGAAAUGUGCCUGUGGCUGCCCUGCCUGUAACUCAGCAAAUGACAGAAAUGAGCAUUUCAAGAGAGGACAAAAUAACUGCCCCAAAAACAGAGGUGUCAGAGCCAGUUGUGACUCAGCCCAGUCCAUCAGUUUCUCAGCCCAGUACUUCUCAAAGUGAAGAAAAAGCUCCGGAGUUGCCCAAACCAAAGAAGAACAGAUGUUUUAUGUGUAGAAAGAAAGUUGGCCUUACAGGGUUUGACUGCCGAUGUGGAAAUUUGUUUUGUGGACUUCACCGUUAUUCUGACAAGCACAACUGUCCAUAUGAUUACAAAGCAGAAGCUGCAGCAAAAAUCAGAAAAGAGAAUCCAGUUGUUGUGGCUGAAAAAAUCCAGAGAAUAUAAAUAACUACUUGUGAAGAGACUGAAACUUUUGUUUUUAUUUUAAUAUAUCGUAGGAAAACAUUAAAGAGCAGAUGCAUGGCCAUUUUC